AUGUCGUUCAACACCAGAUCCUACGGCCAGAAGACCAUGAGUGUCUAUGGUGGAGCAGGAGGUCGCGGUACCCGGAUCUCCACAUCCCAGAUGAGCUACGCACCGACUCCUGGAGGCUUCAACCUGGCCGACGGUCUGGACCUCCACGUUGGGGCCAACGAGAAGGCCACCAUGCAGAACCUGAAUGACCGUCUGGCCUCCUACCUGGAGAAGGUUCGCACACUGGAGAAGGAGAACGACCGCCUGGACAAGCAGAUCAGAGACUGGUACCAGAGCAGAACCGUGAUCUCCCAUGAUUACACCAGCUACUUUGUCACCAUCGAAGAUCUAAAGGACAAGAUCCGUAUCGCCUCCAGGCUCAACGCCAAGACAGUCCUGGACAUUGACAAUGCAAAACUGGCUGCUGAUGAUUUCAAAGUGAAGUACGAAAACGAGCUGGCUAUGAGGCUGGCUGUGGAGGCCGACAUCGCCGGACUGAGGAGGGUCUUGGAUGAGAUCAACCUGGCCAGGAUGGACCUGGAGAGUCAGUACGAGUCCCUGAAGGAUGAGCUUCUCAUGCUCAAGAGGAACCACGAAGAGGAGAUGGCUCUGCUGAGGAGCCAGAUUGGCGGUCAGGUGAACGUGGCCGUGGACGCCGGCCCCUCUACGGACCUGAACCAGGUCAUGACAGAGAUCAGGGAUCACUAUGAGACUGUGAUCUCCAAGAACCGCAAGGAGCUCGAGUCGUGGUACCAGAACAAGAUCGCAGCAGUGGAGCAGGAUGUGCUCACACACACAGAGAUUCUAGUGACGUCCCGGUCAGAGAUAAAAGACCUGAAGAGCACCCUCCAGAGGCUUCAGAUUGAACUGCAGUCCCACCUGAGCAUGAAAGUAUCUCUGGAGGGAACCCUGGCAGAGACUCAGGCCCGCUAUGCCGCACAGCUCGCAAACCUCCAAAACAUGGUCACAAGCCUGGAGGCUCAGCUGUCGCAGCUCCACACCAACAUCACCAGCAACAAGCAGGAGUAUGACAUGCUGCUGGACCUCAAGACCCGGCUGGAGCUGGAGAUCGCAGAGUACAGGAGGCUACUGGAUGGGGAGGAUGAGAGCUCAAAACAAGUGGUCACAAAGGUAAUCACAGUGGUGGAGACAGUUGUGGAUGGAAAGGUGAUCCAGAGCAGCAAGACUGUCGACGUGGAUGUGGAUGAAGUUGAGUGAAAAAUUGAAAGCAAAAGCCAAUAAAGAUUAUGCAGUCCAAUUGAA